AUGUUUGCUCACUGCAUGGGUGGCAACUGCAGUACGGUAGUUUUGGUUUGCGUGCUAGUAGCGGUCUGCGCAGGCGCACCGCAGCAGAACCCACAAGACGUGCAGAUCCUGCGCUUCGAUAGCAACGUCGAGCCUGAUGGUUACAGCUUCGCCUAUGAGACCAGCGACGGCACCUCCAGACAGGAGGAAGGCAAGCUGGACAACCCUCAGUCAGAGAAUGCUGCAUUGACAGUCACUGGACAGUACGCGUACGUCGCUCCAGACGGCAAGCACUACACCGUCACCUUCACCGCAGGACCCAACGGCUUCCAGCCCAAGACCUCCCUAGGACAAUAAGAUCACACACCGAAAUAAUUUUGUAAAUAGUAAAUACUACUUUCAAUAAAUUUGCCAGGUCACAAGAUCUCAACAGUUAAGGGAUCUAAUUCUAAAUUCGCGUGCCAUAAGGACGUCUUUUGUUUGUGAUUUUUGUAUAUUGCUUUUUUGUACUUUUAUAAAAUUUUAAUGCAAUAAUUAAAAUACUUUUUUUUAA